CCUCUAUACCUUGAUGCCGAGAAGUCCAACACCACGCUCUCUCCUCAGUAUACUCACUCCAACGGCUCUCUCCUUCCCCUCUAUCUUCCAUUCCCAUUCCCCCUUCAUCCCAUCUCCAUGCAAUCCGUAGCUAAAAGAAUUGCAAACAAUUUUGCUCAAAAAGAACUACAAGCAAUGGCCGAUUCAGAGCCCACCAUAUCAACUCCACUGCUCGCAAAAUCUGCGAGCGGUGGGGACUCCGAAGGCAGCCAGACAUCAAACCAAUCGCCACCAAAAGAGCUUCAAUGCUGCGCUCCGGACGCGCUUACCAGCGGCUCGCGGCACAGGUCAUUAGCUGUUCUUUCGGGCCAUAUUGGUUCCGUCUCCUGCCUGGCCCUCUGUGGCGAGUUUGUGCUCAGCGCCUCCCGCGGCAAGGACAUCAUCGCAUGGCAGCAGCCCGACCUCCGCCGGUUCGCGAAGUUCGGCCAUGGAGACGGCUCGGUCAAGGCCCUCGUAACGGUCGGGAACCGAGUCUUCUCCGCUCAUCAGGACAGCAGGAUCAGAGUGUGGAAGGUGUCUCGGAGCUCGGAGAACGUGUUUCGGCUCGCAGCCACCCUGCCGACGACGAAGGACUACUUCUGCAAGUUCAUGAGGCAGAGCAACUAUGUUCAAACCCGGCGGAACCAUCGGAAGCUAUGGAUCGAGCAUGCUGAUAGCAUCUCAUGUCUCGCAGUCUACGGCGGUGUCAUCUACUCAGGGUCAUGGGAUAAGACCUUGAAGGUGUGGAGGGUGGCGGACCUCAGGUGCAUGGAGUCGAUAAGAGCGCAUGACGAUGCCAUCAAUGGCCUUGUCGCGCACAAGGGUCUUGUUUAUUCGGCGUCGGCCGACGGAAAGAUCAAGGUUUGGGAGAAGGCGAGGAGCAUGCAUUGCUUGAAGGGAGUCAUGGAGGGCCACAGGGACGUGUCGUGGAAUGCGGUGAUCGUCUGCGACGAUGGGAGAUUGGUAUAUGGCGGAGGGUCCGACGGGCGGGUGAUGGGAUGGGAAAGAGACGUUGGGAGGGAAGGUUGGAGGUUGGUUUGCGAUGUGAGGGCGCAUGAGAUGGCUGUGCUGUGCUUGUGCUCCAUGGGGGAGUUUGUGUGCAGUGGUUCAGCUGAUAAGAGUAUUGGGGUGUGGGGAAGGGAGGGUGGGGGUGGGCUUUGGAGGGUGGGGGUUAUAAGAGGUCAUGAAGGGCCAGUGAAGUGCUUGCAGGCCUCUUGCUAUAGUGUGGGAGAGGGGUUCAUGCUCUAUAGUGGGGGGCUUGAUAAGAGCUUGAGGGUUUGGUGGGUGCCAAGGAUAAGGCAAGGCCUAGAGUAAUAGAGAGGGUGUUUCAUAUGAACUUCAUAGAUUUAAGAGAGGGUGUUUUGGUGUGCUGCCUUGUUCUGGUUAUUUGAGAGUAUCAAGGCACUUUGUUGAUUUGGAGAUUGGUUUCUCAAAACUUAUGGUUUGGUAUAGCAGAGUUUAAGGGUUUAGUUAUGUUUUGAGAAAAAUGGUACUCUUUCUCAAUUUUCAGGAAAGAAAGUGUUCCUCCCCCCUUUAUUUUUUGGCCAAUAUUGUGAUUUAAUUGCUGAGAACUACAAAAGAGUGAUUCAGGUUCCUAAAGAACACAGUUUGUAUGAUUGCUGAGUUUGUAAUUUGUAUGAUUAAUCUUGUCCUCCACAUUAUUUUGGAAGAUGAUUUGCAAUCAUGUUUCCCCUAAAAUUUAUGUAGGUCAUUUUGUAGUCAAUUUGCAAUAAAAAAAAUUCUCAACAAA